AUGAUCGCUAAGCUUCUUCUCGCCGCCACCCUCUUGUACGUCGCUUCGGCUGACACAUGCAUCCACUGCAUCUGUCUCCAUGAGUCCGGUUGCAAGCCCGUCGGAUGCCACAUGGACGUCGGAUCGCUGUCAUGUGGUUAUUACCAGAUCAAAAUGCCCUACUACGAGGACUGCGGCACGCCUGGCCGCAAGAGCGGUGAAGACCUAACGACCGCAUGGAAGAGAUGUGCUGACGACUACGACUGCUCUACUAAAUGCGUGAACGCGUACAUCAACCGCUACAAGGGUGGAUGUGCAUCAACUGGUGAAGGAGCCUGUCAAGUGAUGUCUCGCCUCCACAACGGUGGACCAUCUGGAUGCAAGAUCUCCGGCACUGUUGGAUACUGGAACGCUAUCAAAUCGUGCUGUGGAUGCUCAUAA